CAGAAAAAAUCAGUAAACAUGUUCUCUAAAAUUAUUGCUUUGAGCGCCGUAUUGGCGGUGUCCAGCGCCGGUCUUUUGGCCGCUCCCGCAGUUCACUACUCUCCAGCUUCCGCAGUCUCCUCACAGAGCAUCGUGCGCCAUGAGCAGCCAAUCGCCGUAGCCGCUCCCGUCGCAUACCAAUCUGCUCCACUCUCAUACGCUUCUCCCGCUCGUUACUCCUCCGCUGUCUCUUCACAGAACAUCGUCCGCCACCAACAGCCAAUCGCUGUUGCUGCUCCUAUUGCGUACAACACCGCCUCUUAUGCCUCACCUCUCUCUUACGCGUCUCCCGCUCGCUACUCCGCCGCUGUCUCAUCACAAAACAUAGUCCGCCACCAACAGCCCAUUGCCUACAAUGCCGGAUCUCUCUCUUAUGCCUCACCUCUCUCUUACGCUGCUCCCGCUCGUUACUCAUCUGCUGCCGCAGUCUCUUCUCAGAACAUCGUUAGCCACGGACAGGCUAUUGCUCCCGCCCGUCUGGCCUACCAAGCUGCCCCUGCUGUAGUCGCUCCAGUCGUCCACGCUGCUCCCCUUGUCCACGCUGCUCCAGCCCACACCAUCAUCGCCCAACACGAGGAAUACGACGCAAACCCAAACUACGACUUCGCCUACUCCGUAGCCGAUGGCCACACCGGUGACAACAAGUCCCAGCACGAGAGCCGUCAUGGAGACGUUGUUAACGGUGAAUACUCUCUGGUCGAAGCCGAUGGUUCAGUCCGUCGCGUUCAAUACACCGCUGACCCACACAACGGUUUCAACGCCGUCGUCAGCAACUCUGCGCCCGCCCACCACGCCGCACCCGCCUACGCCCACUGAUUACUUUUAUAAAAGCAAUAGAAUAAGAUCGAUGUUAACAGUUAUAUUUAUUCUAAAUAAAUGCAAUAAACUUUAA